CCUGCUAUAGCUCUAACUCACUAUGGUGGCCUUCUUUCUGCUGGAGCUGAAGGUGUUCUUUGCAAGUUUGCGCUCUCUGGUACCGGUCGACCAAGUAUGCUUCCGCGCCUUGCUGCUGCUGUACGCGAUUUGGCUCUCUCUGCAGAUGACACUCAUGUGGCACUUAUACUGGAAGAUAACUCAGUGCAUGUGGCGGUUACUUCAAGCAUGAAUAUACUUUCCACCUUGCAGACUGUGGUCACAUGUGACCGCUCUUUGAGUAAUGUAUUUACAACGGAUCCUUGCUGUCCUGGGAUGUUAGUGAUGAAUGGUAAACCAGGAUCUCUGCAAUGGAUCAGUUGCCAUCUAUUGAAAACUGAUCACCAGACUAGUUUUUCCCUGGAAAAUGUAGCUGAUGGUGAUAUGUCAUUUGCUGGAAUUACGCAGGCGUUCCCAGACAUAGAGCAGGUGUUUUUCUCAAACACGACAAUUGUUACUCUAGAAACUGUUAUCAACUUUGAAGAAGAACAUAAGCGACUUCGUUUUUGGGAGCGUGGCAAUUAUAAUGGUUCAUUUGUGCAAGUGGUUGAUUCGUUCAUUGUUUCUAAGGAUACAAUAAGAGUAACUGGCUGUAGACGCCCCAAUUCCGAUUCAGAAAAGGUGUUCUUUUCCAUAAGAAAAAGUGGGAAAGUGAAUGUGUGGUUAUCUUGCGAAGAAGGAACUCGAUUCAAGUUAGAUCCGUCACGACAAAUUGACCGGGAAUCAGAAUUUCGCGCUGGUUCUGUCAUUCACAGAGGGAUGUGGGCAUCUGCGCAUCCGAGUGAUGCUAAGGAUACCGAUGUGAUUGUCAUCUGGAAUGUAUCUGACUUGUCCGAAAAUGAUGUUUUGCGCACGGACGGCAGAGUUAGCAGCGUUGAGUUUGAUGAAAAGAAUUGUCUUGUUUGUGCCACGGAUAAAGCCGUGAGAUGUUGGCGAUACUUUGAUCAUUUUUCUGUACUGAGGAGCUGCGUAUCAUAUUGGGCCUACAAAACGCAGAACGGCGUCUUUGUUGUUGCUUUUUUAUAUUUUUACUGGUACCAGACUUCGGCACCAGUUCCUCUGGUUCGGUUGUAA